AAUCCCGUCACUGGCCUGUGUCUGCCCCGUCCCACCGCUAAACCCGCUUCUGCUUGAGGCCUGAAGCAGGUUGCUGUCCCGCAACUGUCAUGGAGGCGCUGCUUAAGCGGGAGCUGGGAUGCAGCUCAGUCAAAGCUACGGGCCACUCGGGAGGCGGGUGCAUUAGCCAGGGCCAGAGUUACGACACGGACAAAGGACGAGUGUUUGUGAAAGUGAGCUCCAAGGCUGAGGCUAAAAGAAUGUUUGAAGGUGAAAUGGCAAGUUUAGAUGCCAUUAUGAAGACAGAGACAGUGAAAGUACCUAAGCCUAUCAAGGUUCUCGAUGCCCCAGGAGGUGGGAGUAUGCUGGUGAUGGAGCAUUUGGAUAUGCGGUAUCUGAGCAGUCAUGCCGCCAAGCUUGGGGCCCAGCUUGCAGAUCUACACCUUGAGAACAAGAAGCUUAGAGAGCAGCUCCUGAAGGAAGCUGGCACUGUGGGGAAAGGAAGUGAACAGGCAGAGCGGCUCUUUGUGGACCAGUUUGGGUUUGAUGUAGUGACAUGCUGUGGAUACCUCCCCCAGGUAAAUGACUGGCAGAAGGAUUGGGUCACAUUCUAUGCCAGGCAGCGCAUUCAGCCCCAGAUGGACAUGGUGGAGAAGAGGUCUGGAGACCGGGAAGCUCUUGAGCUGUGGUCUGCUCUGCAGUUGAAGAUUCCUGACCUGUUCCAUAACCUGGAAAUUGUGCCCUCCUUACUUCAUGGAGACCUCUGGGGAGGGAAUGUAGCAGAAGAUUCCUCUGGGCCCAUCAUUUUUGAUCCAGCUUCCUUCUACGGCCACUCAGAAUAUGAGCUGGCCAUAGCCGGCAUGUUUGGGGGCUUCAGUAGUUCCUUUUACUCCGCCUACCAUAGUAAAAUCCCUAAAACCCCCGGAUUUGAGAAGCGCUUGCAGCUGUAUCAGCUCUUUCACUAUCUGAACCACUGGAAUCAUUUUGGAUCUGGCUACAGAGGAUCCUCUCUAAACAUAAUGAGGAAUCUCAGCAAAUGAACUGGCCAGAGGGCAGAGUCUCUUAUGAGUGUGAUGGAUCUUCUAAUAAGAUGACUCCAUGUCUAGAUCAAGUCUUACCAUCAAAGCAUUAUUGUGAACUGAGGGAAAUGCCUCAGAGUCAGGUGAUCAGAUUCCAACUAUUUGGUCAAGGAGCUCAUGAUUUUCUACAGUCCUUUUCCUCACAAAUUCUUCCCAUUUACUCCAUGGCUGGAUUUGCUUAAGAUCCCUUGAUGCCUUGUUUCUAAACUUUGUAAAAUAUGAGUUAUUUCAGAGGAAAGGUUAUAUAAUUCUGAAGUUGUAUACAUUAUAAAACUGGCUAGACUAGGCCUCCCUGGUGAUAUGAACAGAGACUUAUGAAGAUUAGGUAUAGUGAGCCACACUCUGCUGCAAAGGUAAAGAACUGUGAGUUACUACUGUGCUGGUGUGGUGGCAGGUGUCCACUGUGCCCUUCUCCCAUUGCUUCCUUGUUAUCUAUUAUCAACAUUCCUGAGCUGUUCAGUGAUGCUUUUUGAUGGUUUGAUCUAGACAUGAAAUCAUCUUGUUAGAAGAUUUGAGUAAUGACCAACUCUAAAAUCAAUGAUAUUACCUUUGUUUGUGUAACACUUCUGAACCCUGCUACAAGCUGAGCAGGUCUGGAGAUUGGUUUGGGGACUGAUCAGGCUACCAACCUUAGGGUAACUUGGCUCAGUUUAGGAGCCUGGAAAUAUUCCUGUUAU